ACAACUAUUAUUUAUUAUUACUAUUAUUAAUUAUUAAUUAUUAAACUCGGCUCCACAAUCUCGCUUCCGUUCUCCCCAAAACACAUUCACAUAAUUUUCCCUCACCUUCUCGGCGGCAAAACGCCGCAUUCCGUCGAAAAAACAUGGCUUGGAAGGUGGCAUUGACUGUGCUGUUCUCCCUCGCACUCUUGUUCUCUCCAUCGCAAUCUGCGGUUUUCAGCGUAGAUCUAGGUUCCGAAUCGUUGAAGGUGGCGGUGGUCAACCUGAAGCCUGGUCAAUCUCCGAUCUCGAUCGCGAUCAACGAGAUGUCCAAGCGGAAAUCGCCUGCACUGGUCUCCUUCCACGAUGGCCACCGCCUUCUCGGCGAAGAGGCGGCAGGCCUCGCCGCGCGUUACCCGCAGAAGGUCUAUUCCCAAACGCGCGACCUCCUCGGGAAGCCCUACGCUUCUGCGCAGAGGAUUCUUAACUCAAUGUACCUCCCUUUCGAGACGAAGGAAAAUUUCCGAGGCGGCAUGAGUGUUGUCGUGGACGACGGAAACGAAAAUGACAGCGUUUACUCCCCCGAGGAACUCGUCGCCAUGGUGUUAGGUUACGCGGCGAAUUUAGCGGAGUUUCACUCGAAGAUUCCAAUUAAGGACGCGGUGAUCGCGGUGCCGCCGUACAUGGGACAGGCCGAACGAAAAGGGCUGCUCGCGGCGGCCCAGUUGGCGGGGAUUAACGUUUUGUCUCUGAUAAACGAGCAUUCUGGUGCGGCGUUGCAGUACGGGAUCGAUAAGGACUUCUCGAACGAGACGAGGCACGUGAUUUUCUAUGACAUGGGUGCUACCAGUACCUACGCGGCGCUUGUGUACUUCUCGUCGUACAAGGGUAAGGAGUAUGGCAAGAGUGCGUCCGUGAACCAGUUUCAGGUCAAGGAUGUGCGCUGGAACCCGGAGCUUGGUGGUCAGCACAUGGAGUUGCGAUUGGUGGAGUAUUUUGCGGAUCAGUUCAACGCGCAAGUUGGUGGUGGGAUCGAUGUGAGGAAAUUUCCCAAGGCCAUGGCUAAAUUGAAGAAACAGGUUAAACGGACUAAAGAAAUUCUUAGUGCGAAUACUGCCGCUCCUAUUUCCGUUGAAUCGCUUCAUGAUGACGUCGACUUCAGGAGCACUAUAACCCGUGAGAAAUUUGAAGAUCUCUGUGAAGACAUUUGGGAAAAAUCACUUUUACCUGUGAAAGAGGUGCUUGAGCAUUCUGGCCUUUCAUUGGAACAAAUAUAUGCGGUCGAGUUAAUAGGAGGAGCCACAAGAGUGCCAAAGUUACAGGCUAAGCUUCAAGAAUUCCUUGGUAGAAAAGAGCUUGAUAGGCAUCUUGAUGCUGAUGAAGCCAUAGUUCUUGGUGCAGCUCUGCAUGCAGCAAAUUUAAGUGAUGGAAUUAAGUUAAACCGUAAACUAGGAAUGGUUGAUGGUUCCUUGUAUGGAUUUGUGGUUGAGUUGAGUGGUCCUGAACUUCUAAAAGAUGAAAGCUCUAGGCAGUUACUUGUACCACGAAUGAAGAAAGUCCCGAGUAAGAUGUUUAGGUCCAUUAAUCAUAACAAAGAUUUUGAAGUUUCACUAGCUUAUGAAAGUGAGCAUCUUUUGCCUCCUGGUGCUACCACUGCUGAAAUUGCUCGAUACCAAAUAUCUGGUUUGACAGAAGCAAGUGAGAAAUACUCAUCUCGGAAUCUGUCAUCUCCCAUCAAGGCCAGCAUACAUUUUUCUCUUAGUAGAAGUGGAAUUCUUUCUCUGGAUAAGGCAGAUGCUGUUAUUGAAAUAACAGAGUGGGUGGAAGUUCCUAAGAAGAAUUUGACUGUAGAGAAUUCAACCAUUUCAUCAAAUGUUUCCGCUGAAUCUGCUGCUGGAAAUAGUUCUGAGGGAAACAAUGAAAGCAUCCAAACUGACAGUGGGAAUAGUAACACAUCCAACACUAGUGCAGAGGAGCAAGCUGCUGCUGAGCCUGCUACAGAGAAGAAGCUGAAGAAGCGGACCUUUAGGGUGCCAUUAAAGAUUACUGAGAAGAUAACUGGACUUGGAAUGUCUCUGUCACAAGAUUUUCUCACUGAAGCCAAAAAGAAAUUACAAGUACUAGACAAGAAAGACACAGACAGAAAAAGAACAGCCGAGUUAAAAAAUAAUUUAGAAGAAUAUAUAUACUCUACUAAGGAAAAGAUUGAAACUCUAGAGAAUUUUGAAAAAGUUUCUACAAGUGAGGAACGCCAGUCCUUCAUUGAGAAGCUUGAUCAGGUGCAAGAUUGGUUGUAUACAGACGGUGAGGAUGCCAAUGCUGCAGAGUUUCAAGAGCGUCUAGAUCAGUUAAAAGCUGUUGGAGAUCCAAUUUUCUUAAGGUUAAAAGAGCUUACAGCUCGACCAGCAGCAGUUGAGCAUGCUCAUAAGUAUAUUGAUGAGUUGAAACAGAUUGUUGAAGAGUGGAAAGCGAAAAAGCCUUGGCUUCCGCAAGAACGAGUAGAUGAGGUUAUAGAAAGUUCUGAAAAAUUAAAGAAUUGGUUGGACGAGAAAGAAGAUGAGCAAAAGAAGACUUCUGGGUUCAGUAAGCCAGCAUUUACAUCCGAAGAAGUAUAUUUAAAGGUGCUCGAUCUGCAAAACAAGGUUGCCAGUAUUAACAGAAUUCCUAAGCCUAAGGUUCAGAAGGUUGUAAAGAUUGAAACAGAGAGCAAUGAACAAAAUACGGAUGAUUCCAAUUCUACCUCAGCGGACAGUUCCUCUUCAAGUGAGUCAUCUGCUGACAGUUCAGAAGGGGAAAACCAAGAAGAAACUGUUACUGAGCAAGCUGAAGGUCAUGAUGAGCUAUGAUAUGAUGAUUAACUGGGAAUAUGCAUGUAAGUCCAGUUUUAAUCAUGUAGCUGAGAGUUUUUAUAGUCAGAAAUGUAGAAUGGUAAUGGUAGAAUUAAUAGGUGAAAUGGAGGCAGUGUCAGUUCUCAGCUAGCAGGAUUAUAGAGUUGAGGCAACAUUUGCUUGCUGGUUGAGUGCUAAAUUUUUGAGGUUAGAUGGGUCCUUAAUGUAGAAGAUCAUUAAUUUCCCUUUUAUAUUUAAGGGGACAGAUUAUAAUUUACAACCAUAUGGAAAGUUCUAUCUGCCGAAACACAAUAUGAUCGAAGAGGAAAGACAACUCACGAGACUUGAUUUGUGCUACGAACAUCAUAUACAAAUUUUGCUUCAGUUAUAAUUAGAAGGCUUCUCUUUCUUUGCUCACCAAACUUUGUUUGAUAACAAUUCACACGUAAUAUUUAAUGACUUUUGGUCCUCAAA